CGGAGGCUGCCUGCAGCCGUCGCUGCUGCUUCUUCUGGGGCUGCUGCUGCUGCGGGUCUCGGCGGGGCCAGUCCCGAGCGAAGUCGACGCUGAGGUAGGGCCCCGCUUCGCUGCUGCCCUUUGGGCGGUCGGGCGCGUCGGCAGGUAGGCCGGCCGCCCUGGCUCUCCCUGCGCCUGCAACUCUGUCCUCCCCGCCGGCGGAACAAAAGAGCGGCGCCGGCAGCAGCUCAAGGGCAAGGAGGAGAUGGCCGGGGACAGGCCGGUCUGGGCCAGCGGGAGGCCCAAGGGAGGCAGCCCUUCCCAGCCGGCCGCCUGCGCUCUGUUCCGCGCUCCAGUCUGGCGGGGCUGGGAGUGCGGCCCAAAGAGCGGUGCCGGCCGCGCCCCGGGGCGGAGGUGACCGGCGGGGCCAGGCCAAGGCCAGAGGCUCUGCGCCCCAGCGGGCGGAGGCCAAAGCAACGGCCGAGGACGACUCCGGGACGUGGCCCACGUGGUGCGCCGCAGCCGGCCUGGGGGCUCGCUGGCCGCAGGGUACUCCGGGGGGGGGCUCCUUCCCUGCCGCGUCUGGAGCUGCGAAGUCACAAGAGCGAGCCGGGACGGGCUUCCCAGGCUUGGCUCGAAGCGGGCAGCUGGUGGGGAAAGUGGCGGCUGAAGCUGCUUCAGGCGCUUUGGGCGGCGCGAGAGGUGCGCCCAGUCAUGCCAAAGUGCACCGGCGCGGUUGAGGCUGGCGCCCCCUCUAGUCUGCCCUUGCCGCCCUGGACUUGCCUGGUAGGCGCCGCCUCUUUCCCUGGGCCGCCUAGAGGGAGCGCAGAGUGAAAGUGAGCGGAGGCUGCAUCGCCUUUCGUCGAGCGCGAUCACUGGGGCUGGCUUGGCUCGACUGGUGCCCUCCGGAUGCUUUGGACUACAACUGGUCCCGUCAGCCCGGCCGGAUGGCAGGACCAAUGGCAAGAGACGAUGGUAGUUGUAAGUCUGGAGGGCGCCGGAUGGGCGAAGGCUACAGGGAGCUCCAGAGGAAGCUGGUUCGCUCCUGCUCGGCUCGGCCCCUCGCAAAAAAGCCAAAGGGCUUUUGAUCCAAAGAUCACAAACUCCUUUUGCAGGCCUGGUUGCAGUUCUAUGGUUACCUCCCGCAGUCCAAUCACCAGAUGUCCACUCUGCGCUCAGCUCAGAUCCUCUCCUCUGCCUUGUCUGAGAUGCAGAGUUUUUACGGCAUCCCUGUGACAGGCAUCCUGGAUGAAGAGACCAAAGUGUGGAUGAAGCGGCCCCGCUGUGGUGUCCCUGACAAGUUUGGGGCUCAGGUCAAGGCUAACAUGCGACGGAAGCGGUAUGCACUGACUGGGCGGAGGUGGAGCCAGGUUCACCUGACCUUCAGCAUCCAGAACUACACAGAGAAGUUGGGUGCCUUCUACUCUUACGAUGCCAUCCGCCGAGCCUUCCAAGUGUGGGAACGAGUGACCCCACUUGCCUUCCAGGAGAUCCCAUAUGAUGAAAUCGGGCACAAGAGGAGGAAGGAAGCGGACAUCUUGGUGCUCUUUGCCUCUGGAUUCCAUGGGGACAGCUCCCCCUUUGAUGGGGUUGGGGGCUUUCUGGCCCAUGCAUAUUUUCCGGGUCCUGGUAUGGGAGGGGAUGCACAUUUUGACUUGGAUGAGCCCUGGACACUUGAGAAUGCAGAAGUGUCUGGGAACAACCUCUUCCUGGUGGCCAUUCAUGAGCUUGGCCAUUCCUUGGGCCUGGAGCAUUCCAACAACCCCACUGCCAUCAUGGCUCCUUUCUACCAGUGGAUGGACACAGAGAACUUCCAUCUGCCAGACGAUGACCUUCAGGGCAUCCAGCAGCUCUAUGGUUCUCCAGGGGGACAGCCUCAGCCCACCAAGCCCCUCCCAACUGUGGUGCCCAGAAAACCAGGUUACAAGCCUCCCAGACCACCCCCUCCUGGCAAGCCAGAAUGGCCCCCCAGUCAUGACAACCCAGACCAAUAUGAGCCCAACAUCUGUGACGGGAACUUUGAUACAGUGACAAUGCUACGUGGGGAAAUGUUUGUCUUCAAGGGCCGUUGGUUCUGGCGAGUUCGCCAUAACCGGGUGCUGGACAACUACCCUAUGCCCAUCGGGCACUUCUGGAGAGGCCUCCCUGGGAACAUUGAUGCUGCGUACGAGAGGCAAGAUGGGCAGUUUGCAUUCUUUAAAGGGGAUCAGUACUGGCUUUUCCGUGAGGCGAGCUUGGAGCCAGGUUACCCGCAGCCCUUGACCAGCUAUGGGCUGGGCAUUCCUUAUGACAAGAUGGAUGCUGCCAUCUGGUGGGAGCCCACAGGGCAUACCUUCUUCUUCAGAGGGGACAGGUAUUGGCGCUUUGAUGAGGAGAGCCGCGCUGUGGAUCCAGGUUACCCUAGGAAGAUCAGCAUAUGGGCCGGAGUCCCUCCUGCUCCCAAGGGAGCCUUCUUAAGUUCUGAUGCAACCUACACUUAUUUCUACAAAGGCAGGAUGUAUUGGAAGUUUGACAAUGAGCGGCUGAAAACAGAGCCUGGGUACCCCAAGUCGAUUUUGCGGGAUUUUAUGGGAUGCCAUGAGGAGGUGGCCACAAACCCUGACCCUCGUCAUAGGUGGCCUGAUGUGGGCAAGCCUCCCAUCACCCCAGAUGGCACCGGGCAGGGCAAGGAAAAGGAGGUGACGGAGGAGGAAGGCAAAGGGGGCGCUCAUCCUGCUGAGGAGGACAAGGAAGCAGAAAUGGAUGACGAUGGCAAUGGUGCGGAAGGUGGCAGAGACCCUGGCUAUGGUAGUGACGGCAGCAACGUGGACAUUGUGGUGCACGUGAAUGAUUACCCCCUGACCAUGAGUGUUGUCCUGGUGGCCCUGCUGUUGCUCCUCCUCCUCUGCGUCCUGGGCCUCCUCUACGUCAUUGUGCAGCUCCAGCGGAAGGGCACCCCUCGCCUGCUCCUCUACUGCAAGCGGUCCCUGCAGGACUGGGUCUGACGUCUGGUCAUCGCGAGGGGUUCUUCCUUGCCACCACGGUCCCAAAAGAGAGUUGGUGCCCAGGGAGACUGUUCCCCCCCUCUGGCUUCCCACUGACACCUCUGGAGGAAGAGCUGUUGAUGUCUCUGGGCUUGGCCAGAUCUUUCACCUCCCACCUCCCCAGCCUUCCUUGCAGAGUAUUGUUGCAGGAAGGUUUCGCAUUCCUCGGCCAAACAUCCUGCCAGGCAUUUACUGGGAGAAGGUGAGUGGCUGGUCUCUCCUGUUCUGUGUGCCUGUCUGCUGUCCACCUGCCCAAGUGACCCCUGUGGGAAAGGUUCUGAUGCGUGGCUUUCUCUUGUUACUGGAGGUUAAUCCUGUGGAUCGCAUUCCCCACUUGGAGGGGGGGGUCUAUCUCGUACGUGCACGGUGUUCCAGACCCAUGUUUGCAAGGACUGAAGGAUGGGGCUGCUUCCCCAUUUUGCAUCUGUUCCAUCCUUGCUGUUUGUGUACAUACUUUGUGACCUGAUACCCACCUGCCUGGUGCUGCUCACGUUAGACUGGAUGUGGGGGGAGAUAUUUCGUCACUUUUGAGGGCAACUGGCUGAGUGAGGCCUUACCCCAGUCAAUGGGCGAUAUUAGAUGUUUGUUCCAACAACUGUCUCAGAUAGGGUGGUGUGCACUUGGGUGGCUGCAGAUAUGUGCCACAGGCUCAGCAACUGACAUAUUGAAAACCUUGACUUUUAUGUUCAAUUUUUUUACCCCUGGCCACUUUGAUUGCAGAGCAAAACUUGGGAAAUGUUUCUACUGUAAUUGCCAGAGUACGUACUGCUGCCGAAACCUCUGAAGCCAGGAUGUGGGAAGGCUCAGUAGGACUCUUUGGACAAAAGACUGGUUGAGGGCCCUGCACAGCGCUGUGUGUUUCUCCAUCUUAUUGGUCUCUGGCCCACCAUGUGCCUCUUGUUCCUUGCCUACCCCUCCCCACCUUCUCUUUGCCUCCAUUGCCCUGUUCUUUGCUGCAGAUCUUGGAAGCAGACUGGUGGGCAGAAUCCCCUUGAUGCAGGCAUAGUUCAGCUCUAGUAUUCCAGUUUCUAGGCUGUCUGGGAGGCCUGCAGGGAUGUUGUUCUGUAACUGUGAAUGGGAAGUGACCACAUGGCUCUACCCUAACUGUCCAAGGCACUAACGGGGGAGGGGGAGAGGAAAUUGUUGGUGGCUCCCCUUCUUACAAGUCUCUCCCUGGAGUUGGUAGCCAUCAACAGCAAUUGUGCCCUGUGCUCAGUCAGACAACUGGUCAGAUGUGGCCAAGAGAAUUGGCUUUGGAGGCCCCUCAUACCACAUUGGAGGAGGGGGUGAUUCAACACUUUGGAGGAGGAAUCUGAGCUGGCUUGGGGGUAAUUUCUGAGAUUUGGAAGGCUGAGGACCAAUUUGCACACGUGAUAUGUCUGUGACAUCUCUCCUAAGGAUGAUUCCCUGAUUUAGAUGUACAAUCACAUUGCUGGGACUGUGUAAGACAUACACAUGAGCCAUUCACAUGAAAAUUUGUGCAUGUUUUUCUGGCCACAGAAACAGCAUGUGUGCAUCUUCCUGAAAGUGGGAAUUGCAAUAAGGAUUGCCCUAAUACACCAAAGAGGAGCUGUAGAACUUGGCUCAAUGCCAUGAGAGAUUUGGGAGGAUUAAGUGGGUGCUAGGGCUGCUGGUCUCUAAUAGGUUUUGAUAAUUCCAAAGAGACUCUGCAAUCAAUCUCAAAAACACAAUUGUGGUUGUGCACACACCUCCUCCCCCUCUGGUCUCUGGAGAUGCAUUUUCAACCAACUCCAAUAUUUGAGAUGCUGGGGGCAACGUGUCCCUUUUCCUCUUCUCUGUUUGGCCACUCACUUGCGUCCAACUACCUAUUGCUUUGCAACAUGCAAAUUGAACAGAUUUGUGCAAAAUGAGCAAAGUUGCAUUAAUUUGCCUAGAUGGUAUGGCUUCCAAGUGCCUUCACACAGCAUUUUGGGGUGUCUUGAUGGGGGGGGGUGUAGAUAGAAAGGAGGUGUGUCUAAAUCCUGCACCAGAAAAAGCUGGAUACUGUAACCUGUACAUGAUAUACAACUAAAUGUUUCUGCUUAUUCCAUCAUUUAUUUUGCUUCUGCUAAUAGUAAUGAGGACUAAGGAACGAAGACCCCUCUCCUCCCCAGAGGAACACUGGGGAUCUAAGUGAAUUGCCCUUCUGCCUUCUGAGGUUUUGCUAGGUGUUGCCCACUUAGCUUUACAGCCAUAAGGCUAAUAUUUAUCAAACAAGACUGUCUUCCUGUUGCAAAACACGGAUCACUGGAACUGAGCAGCCUGGGAAUCUUUUCCCCCUCUCUCUCAUUUAUAUUUAAAACAAUAUUUUGGCCUCUCAGGACUGCAGAGAAGAGGGAGAAGGGCAAUGACAAGAACACAUGGUGCUUGAUGCUGUGAGGGGAGGGCCACCCAAUGUCAAGGGGGAAACCCUGCCCCCAUGGUGCCGGUCCUGUUCCCGCCUGCUGUCUGCGUGUAGCUUGUUUAGCCUCGGUUUAUUAUUAUACGUUCUUUGAAAACCUGGAACUUUGGAAGCAGAAUGAGUGAUGCAAUAUAAGCAACUGCAUGUAAUUUGCAGGAUUUGUUUUGGGUGCGUGUGCUCAGACUCCACAUAUAUCUGACUGUCUGUCUGCAUGGGAAAGUGCAAAAUAGUCUCUGCCUGGAGAAGACCGUUCAGCCCCUUGCUCAGGAUUCUUUCUAUUUCCAGUGUAGCUCAAUUUGCCUUGAAUUUCUUUGUGAAAUGUGGGUUCCAGAACAUUUCAAAUAGUUGUUGUUGAAGACCUGCCAUUUUGCCUUUCUCAAGAGUGGCCAGGCUCUCGUGCGGAGGCAAGGCCUGACAGGAACUGCUUCUUCUGUCCUGGUCCUUCUUCAGGGUCUCAGGCCCAACUCUUUCCUGUUCCUCUCCUAUCAUUGCAAAAAUCAUCAAAUACCUAGGUUGACUGACUGAGCAAAAUGAGCCAAUCCAUGUACAUACACUGGUGCCUGGUGUAAAACUUGCCGCUCUGAGUGUUGACAUCCUGGGGGGGGGUGUUCUUUUGUGGCCUGAACCCAAAGUAGUCUCCCCUACUUCCAUUCUCACAGACUUUCUCUUCCCCCUUCACUGGUGAAUCUGCUGAAGUCAUGGCAAGCAAUCUUCCCAGCUUAUGUUGAUGGGAUUGAGGCAGAGUCAUGUGCCGAAAGAGAGAGGCGCAAGGGCACCAGGUCACAAGUAUGGCUUCAGACAAGGUUGAACCCCAGAAUCUCUUUAUAUGCUCCAAGAGAAUGUGAAGUCCUGGCCUUGAUGUGGGGGUGUCUGUGUUUAUCAGAUGAUGAUUUUUGUGUGCCAGAUUUGCCAGUGCAUUGCCUAACUGCAAAGACUUUCAGCCAAUUAAUGUCCCAUACUCAGAACUACCAAACACAUCAGAGUUUAAUCUUUCUCAGCCUGCCAAUAAAACACAGUGUUUGUGCUGACA